AUGACCUUCCCCCUCCCUAAAGACAUCCUGGGAAUUUUCAGAAGUGUCGCCGGCGAGGGCGAGGGCUGGGGAAGGGACGGCUGCAGCGGCACAGUGCGCGCGCGCCAGGUCCCACCGCAGACGCCCCGGUCCGGCGCCGGCCGGAGAGGGUGGCAGGCUGGCAGCCGGGCGGCGGGGUCCCCGCGCCCCGAUUCCCGCCUCCCGCCAGCCCGGGCCGCACGCUUACUCACUCCGCUCUGCCUCUGCCGGACCUCCGCGGCCCCACGCCGCUGCGGGCAGAGGAUGCAGGUAUCAGCAACCGGCCGGCGACAUCGGGAAGGCCAGGCGAGGCGCGCAGACCCGCGGUUCCGAGUGCCCAGCGCUGGCGGGGACCCGCGCGGCGGCAGGCGCGAAGGCUCCGGCCAAUCGCGCGGCGGCACGGCCCGGGACCCCGCCCCUCGCGGGCUUGGCGCUCCGAGCCGCGCGUUUCUGCGGCCCCCGCCCAAUUGUUGCCGCCGCGCCCCCUCCCCCUUCCGGGUACCUGGAAACCUCGCGCCUGGAGCGAGUCCUGCAGCGGGCGCGGGCGCGGGCCGGCGUCGCGGGCGGCGGGAGCCGGGCUCUUUUGUUAUGCAGAGAAGACCGCCGGGGUCCCGAGACCGCGGGCCCCGCCCGGGAGGGAAGCAGAUGGAGUGUGGACAAACGAUCCGCGCACGCGGGCCGCCCCCGCCCCCUGCCCCGCGCGCGGAGAGGCGCUGCCCGGACUUGCAGGCGACGCCGCCCGGUGCGCCGGGCAGGCCUGGAGCCCAGCGAGGCUCCCUGAGCUUUUCACAAGUCCGGAGCUGGAAAAGGUUCUCGGUGAUGGCCGUAGACAAUGAACGCGAGGUAUGGGGAACACUCAUAGAUGGGUCUUUGAAAGACUUCAAAACAGUCUUGUUUCAGGCCACUGGCGAUCUCACUGGAACUGAAGAUGCACACAUAUUAAUACCAUUAAACUUCAAUGAAUAG